GUCUCGUACGGCCGCGUCCUGGACAUUGUUGCUCUGAAGACCACAAAAAUGCGCGGCCAGGCGUUUAUAGUAUUCUCAGACAUCGCCAGCGCAACCACAGCCAUGCGGCACCUGAGCGGCCGCACAGUCUUUGGCCGACCACUUUGCAUAGAAUAUGCCCUCAGCAAGUCGGACGUGGUUGCGCAAAAGGACGGCACGUACAAAUAUGGCGAGAAGCGCGAGCACACGAGCGCCGAGCAGCGGAAACGCCUGCUGGGGAUCACCGAAGGUGCCAAGCGGCAAGCCAGCGAGGAAGCAGAGGAGCGUGAGGCGAAGCGGAGAGCUGUUGGGGACGCGGACGAGGAAUCUGAUGGCGAGCAGGAUAUGCGUGACGACGACAGCGACGACGACAGCGACAUUGGGCCCAUGCCGCCAGCCGAGGAAGCGCCAGAGCAGGAGAUCGGACCGCAGGGUGCAGAUGCAGAGGGGGUGUCGGCGCCCACGCUGUUUGUCGCCAACCUGCCCGAGGACUUGUCGGUCGAUGUGCUUGCAGGCCUGUUCCAGCAGUAUGCUGGCUUCCGCCAGGUGCGCCAGAUCGAGGGCAAGCAGGGCAUUGCGUUUGUUGAUUACGAGUCAGCGCGCGAUGCCGCAGCCGCUCGCGAUGUGCUCGAUGGAUUCAGGAUCGCGGCAGACCGUGCCAUGCAGAUAAAAUUUUCUCGCUGAUGAUAUCUUUUCCCUUGUUGAGCAACUAGAGCAGCCUUGAUACGAACUGGAUACGCCUGCCCAUUUUCCAAGCCUCCUCCGCACAGCGCCCUCACUUGGGCGAGCUCUGGAGAAUGCGCUUGAUUGCAUGAUUGGCUGCGUGGCCCAUUUUCAAAACAACCUUUUCCUUUGGCCUGGAG